AUGCCCCGUUGUACUACCAAAGUUUGCGAGGUCAGGUCGGGUAUUAGGGUUUCGUUGCCUCUCAGUAAGCUCGGUGGUUUCUUAGAGUGUGUGACGGAGAAACGUGAUGGCACUUACAAGAAAUCAACAUGCGGGACAUCUUCAACUAGAAGGGACCACGACUCCCCCGAUAAGUGUGGCAGGGACGACACGCUGUCCAUAUACGCUAGUGAUUCCGAUCGAGAAGAGGCGGACACUAGCCAUGCUGCGGAAGCAACGAAAGUCAACCGGUCCUCACCCGAAAUCGCCCAGAAAGAUGCUUCGACAAAGGAGCCACGGACUUCUAAGGACGAAGCGGUUCGACCGCAGCACUCCGAAGUGGAAAUCUGCGUUCCCGAUACCAACGAGGCUUCUAUACAACGCGUCACGGUGGAAUCCUCACAAGGCGAUUUGGAGAACAUGUGUCUUCUACUAACCCCCAGUUUCGACACGGGAGACCCAUUACGACCGCACCUUAACCACUUCAAAACUAAGUCGAUGAUCGAUCGGAAGAGGGUUUGUCGACCGACGUCUUCGACUCGUUCUACUUCAGCAUCAAACUCUACAAGUUGCGAAGAAUCGCCAGCUCGCAAAAAAAGAAAGAGGGCAAGAAGCAGAUCACCUUCUGUGACAUCAUCGACAUCUUCUACAUCGUCGUCGUCCUCGUCUUCAUCAUCCUCCAGUAUUGGCUCUUCCACUUCUUCGGCUUCCUCCAGUUCGCCUGAACGCAACAAGAAAAAAAACGGAGGAGUUCACCACCAACAACGUCGAGAGUGCCUCGAGUCGUUACACAAAAGGUUACUCGAGAGGCUCCAUCGGCUUCUUCUCCUCGACGCCGAUUCCAACGCAAAACAAGACCGGAUUCUAAACAGGGGGCUGACGUUCGGCGAGAAGGAGCACGCGAGUACAGACAGCCGCCGACGACGACGGCCACGGCUUAUGACGACCGGCAGGAUGGGAGGCGCCACUACUCGAAAUCACCACCGCCGCCACGGAAAUAAACGGAUACGACCGGACAAAACAUAUCCUGUGCAGCUGACGUUCGGUGAGAAGGAGCACGCGAGUACAGAGAGCCGCCGACGACGACGGUCUCAGCUUAUGACGACCGACAACGACAGGAUAGGAGGCGCCGCUACUCGGAAUCACAUCCGCCACGGAAAGAAACGGACACGACCGGAUGGACAUUCUCCGAGGAACCUGUAG